AUGGGAAAUGUUGAAAUAUUUGACGGGAAAAUUGCAGAUACUACUGUUAAGCCAGAACAGUUACAAUUUCAUGAUUUUGGUAUGGAUGUCAACUUGGAACAAAGCGAAAACCAAUUUGUCUUCAAUUGGCCGUACCCCACAAAAUUGAACCUCUUCACCGGUGCUUUUUUAACAAUUAUUAUGGUAAUAUUUUUGUGGGUUCUCUUCAAUACCAAUAAACAAAUCUAUCAAGAUCAAAUCGAGGUGAAUAGUUUGGUUUACAUUAUACUGUUGUACGUAGCAAGCACGGUUGCAGGUAAAAUAAUAUCCAUCGUAAGCAAAAUACCACCAUCGGUAGGAAUGAUGUUGGCGGGUAUGGCACUCGGUAAUAAUAAAAUGAUGAUCAGCAACGACAGAUUUGUCAACGAACUUAAUUUUUAUUUAUGUGAACUCAUGGAAUCAGUGAUUUUAAUCAUAAGUUGCCUGGAACUAAAUAUAUGGAAGCUGCGUUGGACCAGUGUUGYAGCAUUAAAAUUGGCAAUUUUGCCACAAAUAGCUGAGACARUUACUGAUAAACUUGUCGGGUAUAAAUUCGGUCUUAUUUAUGACAAGUUUGGAAAAACUUAA